CUCCGCCGCUCCGCUCCAACACAAAAUAGGGCCAGCCUUCUUCUUUCUCCCCUUCUCGAGUGGGGUUCCCGAGGCAAAAGGUCCCCGCCGGGCCUCGCACUGGAGGUUUCCUGAAUCUCCACGACCGCUGCCGCGAUCUCGGGCCAGGAAAUAGCCCCUUCGCAGGAACCACCCUACCGGCCGAACAGGAGGCGGAGGGGGGGGGGAGGCGGAGCGGCGCCGCGCUGCACUACUUUCCUCUCCGGUUGCAAAUGGCUGCCUCGUUCCCCACUUUCCGCUCAGUUUCCUGACCCCCCGGCGCCGGGAGCUGGGGUUGGGCCAUGCACCUCUAGGCCCCCCGCGAUCACAACCAGCCGGGGGUCGAGGGGGUGCCGCCGAUCAGAGCCGGCCAAGCCGGGGGCGGGGCAGCUCCGGAGGCCAAAGGGGAAGGGAGGCGAACGCAGGGCCUGGAGCGGCCGGAGGAGAGCGGGCAGAGGGCUCGCACCGCCCGCCCCUUCCUCUUCCUCGCCCACCUACCCUCCUCCCUUCCCCGGGGGGAGCAGAAGGUGGGGGGCUCGAAGCCGCGAGGGCGAGCGCUCGGGGUCGAGGAACUCGGCUCUGGGUGUGUGUCAGGUUCAGCCCUGCGGCCCCGCCGUCUCCGCGUCGCCGUAGCUCGCGCGGCCCCGGGGCGCCGGCCCGGGCGGGGAGAGGGGCUCGGCGCUCCUGCGAGGGUCUCACGUUCCAUCCGGGCCCGGCGCGGGGCAGCGCGGCAUUCCUUCCGGGCUUCUGGGGAGGUGCCUCGACGUUCCAUCUGGAGAGCCUCGACGUUCCGCCCGAGCCCGGCGCGGGCGGCUCGGCCCUAGGACUGAGAGGCCGCCCGACGACGCGGAUGCGGAGCCUGCUCGCCCAAGAUCAAAGCCACCGGUGCUCUCUUUGUGUCCGCUCGGGAUUCGCUGCCUUCGGGCUGUCCAUGGAAACCUAAACUGCUGGAACCUGAAGCAUAGAACCUCUCUUUGGCUUCUUGCUUUUUUUUUGGAGGGGAGGGUGGCCACUCCGACCUGGAUUUACCGUUCUUGGCCCCUCUAAGCCCCCCCGUGCGGGGGGCGGCUGUGAUCGCUCUGGCUGUUGGAGGUCGGGGAGCGGCCCGGGCUCUGGCCAUGUUCUCGGAUGAGGAUUUCUGGAUCGCCCUGUGAAGAGGUCUCCCCGAGAGGGCCCUGCCCAGUCGGAGAGAGGGAUGGACAGCCAGAAGCCGCCUGGUGAGGACAAAGAUUCAGAACCGGCAGCUGAUGGACUUGCAGCCUCUGAGGAGUCAGGCGCCACUGAGCCAGACCUUCCCAGCCCACAUGUGGUGGAGGUCUCUGUGCCCAGGCCUGGGGGUCCCAGGCUUCAGGAGCCUCCCCAGGAUUGCAGCGGGGGUCCAGUGCGGCGUUGUGCUCUCUGUAACUGCGGGGAGCCCAGUCUGCAUGGGCAGCGAGAGCUGCGGCGCUUUGAGUUGCCAUUUGACUGGCCCCGGUGUCCAGUGGUGUCCCCUGGGGGGAACCCAGGGCCCAAUGAGGCAGCACUGCCCAGUGAGGACCUAUCACAGAUUGGUUUUCCUGAAGGCAUGACACCUGCCCACCUAGGAGAACCUGGAGGGUCCUGCUGGGCUCACCAUUGGUGUGCUGCAUGGUCGGCUGGCGUAUGGGGGCAGGAGGGCCCAGAACUAUGUGGUGUGGACAAGGCCAUCUUCUCAGGGAUCUCACAGCGCUGCUCCCACUGCACCAGGCUUGGUGCCUCCAUCCCUUGCCGCUCGCCUGGAUGUCCACGGCUUUACCACUUCCCCUGUGCGACUGCCAGCGGUUCUUUCUUAUCCAUGAAAACACUGCAGCUGCUAUGCCCGGAGCACAGCGAGGGUGCCGCACAUCUGGAGGAAGCUCGUUGUGCAGUAUGUGAGGGGCCAGGGGAAUUGUGUGACCUGUUCUUCUGUACCAGCUGUGGGCAUCACUAUCAUGGGGCUUGCCUGGACACUGCCCUGACUGCCCGCAAGCGUGCUGGCUGGCAAUGCCCUGAAUGCAAAGUGUGCCAAGCCUGCAGGAAACCUGGGAAUGACUCUAAGAUGUUGGUCUGCGAGACAUGUGACAAAGGAUACCAUACCUUCUGCCUAAAACCACCUAUGGAGGAACUGCCUGCUCACUCUUGGAAGUGUAAGGCAUGCCGGGUAUGCCGGGCCUGUGGGACAGGCUCAGCAGAGCUGAGUCCUAACUCUGAGUGGUUUGAGAACUACUCACUGUGUUACCGUUGUCACAAAGCCCAGGGAGGACAGCCUAUCAGUUCUGUUGCUGACCAGCAUCCUGCUGUCUGUUGCAGAUUCUCACCCCCAGAGCCUGGCGAUCCCCCCUCUGAUGAGCCCGAUGCUCUGCACGUUGCAUGCCAAGGGCAGCCAAAGGGUGGGCACGUGACCUCUAUGCAACCCAAGGAACCGGGGCCCCCGCAAUGUGAAGCCAAACCACUAGGGAAAGCAGGGGCCCAACUUGAGCCCCAGUUGGAGGCCCCCCUAAAUGAGGAGAUGCCACUGCUGCCCCCACCGGAGGAGUCACCCCUGUCCCCACCACCUGAGGAAUCACCCACAUCACCACCGCCUGAGGCAUCGCGUCUGUCCCCGCCACCCGAGGAAUCACCCCUCUCUCCACCGCCUGAGGAGUCUCCUCUGUCUCCCCCUCCUGAAUCAUCAUCACCUUUUUCUCCACUGGAGGAGUCGCCCUUUUCUCCACCAGAGGAGUCACCCCCAUCUCCUCCACUUGAGACACCCCUGUCCCCACCACCUGAAGCAUCACCCCUGUCCCCACCAUUUGAGGAGUCUCCCCUGUCACCCCCACCCGAGGAAUUGCCCACUUCACCACCACCUGAAGCAUCUCGCCUGUCUCCACCACCUGAGGAGUCACCCAUGUCCCCUCCACCUGAAGAGUCACCCAUGUCUCCACCACCUGAGGCAUCGCGUCUGUUCCCACCAUUUGAAGAAUCACCUCUGUCCCCUCCACCAGAGGAGUCUCCCCUCUCCCCUCCACCUGAGGCAUCUCGCCUUUCCCCUCCACCUGAGGCAUCACGCCUUUCCCCACCACCUGAGGACUCGCCCAUGUCCCCACCGCCUGAAGACUCACCUAUGUCCCCCCCACCUGAGGUGUCACACCUGUCCCUCUUGCCUGAGUUGUCACGCCUGUCCCCACCGCCUGAGGAGUCUCCCCUGUCCCCACCACCUGAGGAGUCUCCCAGAUCCCCUCCACCCGAGGCUUCACGCCUGUCCCCACCACCCGAGGAUUCACCCACAUCCCCACCACCUGAAGACUCACCUGCUUCCCCGCCACCGGAGGACUUGCUUGUGUCUAUACCACUGGAGGAGUCCCCCCUGUCACCACUGCCUGAGGAGCCUAGCGGGUCCCCCCGGCCUGGGGAGCCGUGCCUGUCUCCUACACUAGAAGAACAGCUUCUGUCCCCCCGGCCUGAGGAGCUACACCUGUCCCCUGCACCUGAGGAGCUGCACCUGUCCCCCCGGCCUGAGGAACCACAUCUGUCUCCCAUGUGUGAGGAGCCACAGCCAUCUCUGGUGCCUGAGGAAUCAUGCCUGAACCCCCAGCCUGAGGAGCUCCACGUGUCCCACCAGCCUGAGGAACCACACCUGUCCCCUCAACCUGAAGAGCCCCUUGAGGAGCCCGGCCUGUGCUCUGCACGUGAGGAAUUGCCCUUGUUCCUCCCAGCUGGGGAACCACCCUUAUCCCCCUUGCUUGGAGAGCCGGCCCUGUCUGAGCCUGGGGAACCACCUCUGUCCCUUCUGCCCGAGGAGCUGCCGUUGUCCCCAUCUGGGGAGCCAUCCUUGUCACCUCAGCUGAUGCCACCAGAUCCUCUUCCUCCUCCACUCUCACCCAUCAUCACAGCUGUGGCCCCACCGGCCCUCUCUCCUUUGGGGGGGUUAGAGUACCCCUUUGGUGCCAAAGGGGACAGUGACCCUGAGUCGCCAUUGGCUGCCCCCAUCCUAGAGACACCCAUUAGCCCUCCACCAGAAGCUAACUGCACUGACCCUGAGCCUGUGCCCCCUAUGAUCCUUCCCCCGUCACCAGGCUCCCCAAUGGGGCUGGCUUCUCCCAUCCUGAUGGAGCCCCUUCCCUCUCAGUGUUCUCCACUCCUCCAGCAUUCCCUGCCUCCCCAGAACUCCCCUUCCCAGUGCUCGCCUCCUGCUCUGCCAUUGUCCAUUCCCUCCCCACUGAGUCCCAUGGAGAAGGCAGUGGAGGUCUCAGAGGAUGCGGAGCCACCUGAGAUGGAGACUGAGAAAGUCUCUGAACCUGAGUGCCCAGCCUUGGAGCCCAGCCCUACUAGUCCUCUCCCCUCCCCCAUGGAGAACCUUUCCUGCCCUGCACCCAGCCCUGCCCCAGCCCUGGAUGACUUCUCUGGCCUGGGGGAAGACACAGCCCCUCUAGAUGGGACUGACACUCCUGAUUCCCAGCCAGAGGCUGGGCAGACCCCUGGCAGUUUGGCUAGUGAACUUAAGGGUUCCCCUGUGCUCCUGGACCCCGAGGAGCUGGCUCCUGUGACCCCUAUGGAGGUCUAUGGCCCAGAAUGCAAGCAGACAGGGCAGGGCUCACCCUGUGAAGAGCAAGAGGAGCCACGUGCACCAGUAGCCCCUACCCCACCCACUCUCAUCAAAUCUGACAUCGUUAAUGAAAUCUCCAAUCUGAGCCAGGGCGAUGCCAGUGCCAGUUUCCCUGGUUCAGAGCCCAUGCUGGGCUCUCCUGACCCAGAGGGGGGUGGCUCCUUAUCUAUGGAGUUGGGGGUAUCUACAGAUGUUAGUCCAGCUCGAGAUGAAGGCUCCCUUCGGCUCUGUACUGACUCUCUGCCAGAGACUGAUGAUUCGCUGUUGUGUGAUACUGGGACAGCUGUCGGUGGAAGCAAAGCUGAGGGGGACAAGGGGAGGCGGCGCAGCUCCCCAGCUCGUUCCCGCAUUAAACAGGGUCGCAGCAGUAGUUUCCCAGGAAGACGCCGGCCACGUGGAGGAGCACAUGGAGGACGUGGGAGAGGACGGGCCCGGCUAAAAUCAACCACUUCCUCCAUUGAGACUCUGGUAGUUGCUGAUAUCGAUAGCUCUCCCAGCAAAGAGGAAGAAGAUGAUGAUGACGACACCAUGCAAAAUACCGUGGUUCUCUUCUCCAAUACAGACAAGUUUGUCCUAAUGCAGGACAUGUGUGUGGUGUGUGGUAGCUUUGGCCGGGGAGCUGAGGGCCACCUCCUUGCCUGUUCCCAGUGUUCACAGUGCUAUCACCCAUACUGUGUCAACAGCAAGAUCACCAAGGUGAUGCUGCUGAAGGGCUGGCGUUGUGUGGAAUGCAUCGUGUGCGAGGUGUGCGGCCAGGCCUCAGACCCUUCACGCCUGCUGCUCUGUGACGACUGUGACAUUAGCUACCACACGUACUGCCUGGACCCCCCACUGCUCACCGUGCCCAAGGGCGGCUGGAAGUGCAAGUGGUGUGUGUCGUGUAUGCAGUGUGGGGCCGCCUCCCCUGGCUUCCACUGUGAAUGGCAGAACAGUUACACGCAUUGCGGGCCUUGUGCCAGCCUGGUGACCUGCCCUAUCUGUCAUGCCCCGUAUGUAGAAGAGGACCUACUGAUCCAAUGCCGCCAUUGUGAACGGUGGAUGCAUGCCGGCUGUGAGAGCCUCUUCACGGAAGAUGACGUGGAGCAGGCCGCUGAUGAGGGCUUUGACUGUGUCUCCUGCCAGCCUUACGUGGUAAAGCCUGCUGUGCCUGUUGCACCUCCAGAGUUGGUGCCCAUGAAGGUGAAAGAGCCAGAACCCCAGUACUUUCGCUUCGAGGGUGUGUGGCUGACAGAAACUGGCAUGGCUGUCCUGCGUAACCUUACCAUGUCACCCCUACACAAGCGGCGCCAGCGGCGAGGACGGCUUGGCCUCCCAGGCGAGGCUGGGUUGGAAGGUUCUGAGCCCUCAGAUGCCCUUGGCCCUGAUGACAAGAAGGAUGGGGACCUGGACACCGACGAGCUGCUCAAGGGCGAAGCUGGUGUGGAGCACAUGGAGUGCGAAAUUAAACUGGAGGGCCCCGUCAGCCCUGACAUGGAGCCUGGCAAGGAGGAGACCGAAGAGAGCAAAAAACGCAAACGCAAACCCUAUAGGCCUGGCAUUGGUGGUUUCAUGGUGCGACAGCGGAAAUCCCACACACGUGUGAAAAAGGGGCCUGCUGCACAGGCGGAGGUGUUGAGUGGGGAUGGGCAGCCCGACGAGGGUGAGACGGUGAUGCCUGCUGACCUGCCAGCAGAGGGCUCUAUAGACCAGAGCUUAGCUGAUGUGGAUGAGAAGAAGAAGCAGCAGAGGCGAGGGCGCAAGAAGAGCAAACUAGAAGACAUGUUUCCUGCUUACCUGCAGGAGGCCUUUUUUGGGAAGGAGCUGCUUGAUCUGAGCCGGAAAGCCCUUUUUGCAGUUGGAGUGGGCCGUCCCAGCUUUGCACUAGGAACCCCAAAAGUCAGGGGGGAUGGAGGCUCAGAUAGGAAGGAGCUCCCCACCUUACAGAAAGGAGAUGAUGGUGCGGAGGUUGCAGAUGAAGAAUCCCGUGGUCCUGAAGGCAAGGCUGAUACACCAGGUCCUGAGGAUGGAGGCGUAAAGGCAUCCCCAGUGCCCAGUGACCCCGAGAAACCAAGCACCCCAGGAGAAGGGAUGCUUAGCUCUGACUUAGACAGGAUUCCCACAGAAGAGCUGCCCAAGAUGGAAUCCAAGGACUUGCAGCAGCUCUUUAAGGACGUUCUGGGUUCUGAACGAGAGCAGCCUCUGGGUUGUGGAACCCCUGGCCUAGACGGCAGCCGUACACCACUGCAGAGGCCCUUUCUUCAAGGUGGACUCCCUUUGGGCAAUCUCCCCUCCAGCAGUCCAAUGGACUCCUACCCGGGCCUCUGCCAGUCCCCAUUCUUGGAUUCUAGGGAGCGCGGGGGCUUCUUUAGCCCGGAACCUGGUGAACCAGACAGCCCCUGGACAGGCUCAGGGGGCACUACGCCCUCCACCCCUACUACACCCACUACAGAGGGUGAGGGCGAUGGGCUCUCCUAUAACCAGCGGAGUCUUCAGCGCUGGGAGAAGGACGAAGAGUUGGGCCAACUCUCCACCAUCUCGCCUGUGCUCUAUGCCAACAUUAACUUUCCCAAUCUCAAGCAAGAUUACCCAGACUGGUCUAGCCGUUGCAAACAGAUAAUGAAGCUCUGGAGAAAAGUUCCAGCUGCUGACAAAGCCCCCUACCUGCAAAAGGCCAAAGAUAACCGGGCAGCUCACCGCAUUAACAAGGUGCAAAAGCAGGCGGAGAGCCAGAUCAGCAAACAGACCAAGGUGGGCGACAUGGCCCGUAAGACUGACCGACCGGCCCUACAUCUCCGCAUUCCCCCCCAGCCAGGGGCACUGGGCAGUCCGCCCCCUGCUGCGGCCCCCACCAUUUUCAUUGGCAGCCCCACUACCCCCGCCGGCUUGUCUACCUCUGCGGAUGGGUUCCUGAAGCCGCCGGCGGGCACGGUGCCCGGCCCCGACUCGCCCGGUGAGCUCUUCCUCAAGCUCCCACCCCAGGUGCCUGCCCAAGUGCCUUCGCAGGAACCCUUUGGACUGGCCCCUGCCUACACUCUGGAGCCCCGCUUCCCCACAGCACCCCCCACUUAUCCUCCCUUUCCUAGUCCAACUGGGGCCCCCGUGCAGCCCCCAACGCUGGGUGCCUCAUCUCGCCCUGGGACUGGCCAGCCAGGGGAAUUCCACACCACUCCUCCCAGCACUCCCCGACACCAGCCCUCGACACCUGAUCCCUUUCUCAAACCCCGUUGCCCCUCACUGGACAACCUGGCUGUGCCUGAGAGCCCUGGGGUAGGGGGUGGCAAGGCUUCUGAGCCCCUGCUGUCACCCCCGCCUUUUGGGGAGUCUCGGAAAGCCCUGGAGGUGAAGAAGGAAGAGCUUGGGGCAUCCUCUCCUAGCUAUGUGCCCCCAAACCUGGGCUUUGUUGACUCACCCUCCUCAGGCCCCCACCUGGGCAGCCUGGAGUUAAAGGCACCUGAUGUCUUCAAAGCCCCCCUGACCCCUCGGGCAUCUCAGGUAGAGCCCCAGAGCCCGGGCUUGGGCCUAAGGCCCCAGGAGCCAUCCCCUGCUCAGGCUUUGGCCCCUUCUCCCCCUAGCCACUCAGAUAUCUUUCGCCCUGGCUCCUACCCUGACCCUUAUGCUCAGCCCCCAUUGACUCCUCGGCCCCAACCCCCACCCCCUGAGAGCUGCUGUGCCCUACCCCCUCGAUCACUGCCCUCUGACCCUUUCUCCCGAGUGCCUGCCAGUCCCCAGUCCCAGUCCAGCUCCCAGUCCCCAUUGACACCCCGUCCUCUGUCUGCUGAGGCUUUCUGCCCAUCCCCUGUGACCCCUCGCUUCCAAUCCCCUGACCCUUAUUCCCGCCCACCCUCUCGCCCUCAGUCCCGUGACCCAUUUGCCCCACUGCAUAAGCCACCCCGACCCCAGCCCCCUGAAGUUGCCUUUAAGUCUGGGCCUCUAGCCCAUACUCCACUGGGGGCUGGUGGCUUCCCAGCAGCCCUGCCCUCAGGGCCAGCAGGUGAGCUCCAUGCCAAGGUCCCAAGUGGGCAGCCCCCCAAUUUUGCCCGGUCCCCUGGGACGGGUGCAUUUGUGGGCACCCCCUCUCCCAUGCGUUUCACUUUCCCUCAGGCAGUAGGGGAGCCUUCUUCCUUAAAGCCGUCUAUCCCUCAGCCUGGUCUCCCUCCACCCCAUGGGAUCAACAGCCAUUUUGGGCCUAGCCCUACUUUGGGCAAGCCUCAAAGCACAAACUACUCAGUAGCCACAGGAAACUUCCACCCAUCGGGUAGCCCCCUGGGACCCAGCACCGGGUCCACAGGAGAGGGCUAUGGGCUGUCCCCGCUACGCCCCCCGUCAGUUCUACCACCACCCGCACCCGAUGGAUCCCUCUCCUAUCCACCCCACGGAGCCUCACAGCGGGUUGGCAUCACCUCUCCAGUCGAUAAGCGAGAAGACCCAGGGGCUGGAAUGGCCAGCUCUUUGGCGGCACCUGAACUUCCAGGUACCCAGGACCCAGGCAUCUCCAGCCUCAGCCAGACAGAGCUGGAGAAGCAACGGCAGCGCCAGCGACUACGAGAGCUGCUGAUUCGGCAACAGAUCCAGCGCAACACCCUGCGGCAAGAGAAGGAAACAGCUGCAGCAGCUGCAGGAGCAGUGGGGGCCCCGGGCAGCUGGGGUGCUGAGCCCAGCAGCCCUGCCUUUGAGCAGCUGAGUCGAGGCCAGACCCCCUUCACUGGGACCCAGGAUAAGAGCAACCUUGUAGGGCUGCCCCCAAGCAAGCUGGGUGGCCCCAUCCUAGGGCCAGGGGCUUUCCCCAGUGACGACCGACUCUCCCGGCCACCUCCACCAGCCACCCCUUCCUCUAUGGAUGUGAAUAGCCGGCAACUGGUGGGAGGCUCCCAAGCCUUCUAUCAGCGAGCACCCUAUCCUGGGUCCCUGCCCUUACAGCAGCAGCAGCAACACCUGUGGCAGCAGCAGCAGCAGCAGCAAGCAACAGCAGCAAAUUCCAUGAGACUUGCCAUGUCUACUCGCUUUCCAUCAACUCCUGGGCCUGAACUUGGCCGCCAGGCCCUAGGUUCCCCCUUGGUGGGACUCCCCACCCGCCUGCCUGGCCCCGGUGAGCCAGUGCCUGGUCCAGCUGGCCCUGCCCAGUUCAUUGAGUUGCGGCACAAUGUACAGAAAGGACUAGGACCUGGGGGGGCUCCAUUUCCUGGUCAGGGCCCCCCUCAGAGACCCCGUUUUUACCCUGUAAGUGAGGACUCCCACCGACUGGCUCCUGAAGGGCUUCGUGGUCUGGCAAUAUCAGGCCUUCCCCCACAGAAACCCUCAGCCCCCACUGAACUGAACAAUAGCCUCCAUCCAGCAUCCCACAGCAAGGCUCCCACCCUGCCCACUGGCUUGGAGCUUGUCAGCCGGCCCCCCUCGAGCACUGAGCUUGGCCGCCCCCUUUCUCUGGCCUUGGAAGCUGGGAAGUUGCCCUGUGAGGACUCUGAGCUGGAUGAUGACUUUGAUGCCCACAAGGCCCUAGAGGAUGAUGAGGAGCUUGCUCACUUGGGCCUGGGUGUGGAUGUGGCCAAGGGAGAUGAUGAGCUAGGCACUCUGGAAAACCUGGAGACCAACGAUCCCCACCUGGAUGACCUGCUCAAUGGGGAUGAGUUUGACCUCCUGGCCUAUACUGACCCUGAGUUGGACACUGGGGACAAAAAGGACAUCUUCAAUGAGCACUUGAGGCUAGUGGAGUCAGCCAAUGAAAAGGCUGAGCGGGAGGCCUUGUUGCAGGGGGUGGAGCCAGGGGUUCUGGGCCCAGAGGAGCGCCCUCCCCCUGCUGCUGAUGCCUCUGAGCCCCGUCUGGCAUCAGUGCUCCCUGAGGUGAAGCCCAAGGUGGAGGAGAGUGGGCGCCACCCUUCCCCUUGCCAGUUCACCAUCACCAGCCCCAAGGUAGAGCCAGCACCUGCCACCGCUUCCCUAGGCCUGGGGCUGAAGCCAGGGCAGAGUGUGAUGGGCAGCCGGGACACACGGAUGGGCACGGGACCCUUUCCCAGCAGUGGGCGCACAGCUGAAAAGAGCCCCUUUGGAGCCACAGGCGGUCCACCAGCUCACCUGCUAACUGCUAGCCCACUGAGUGGCCCAGGAGGGUCCUCCUUGCUGGAAAAGUUUGAGAUGGGGAGUGGGUCCCUGACCUUGCCCGGUGGACAUGCAGCAUCUGGGGAUGAGCUGGACAAGAUGGAGAGCUCACUGGUAGCCAGUGAGUUACCCCUGCUCAUUGAGGAUCUAUUGGAGCAUGAAAAGAAGGAGCUGCAGAAGAAGCAGCAGCUUUCAGCACAGCUGCAGCCUCCCCAGCAGCAGCAGCAGCAGCAGCAGCAGCACUCUCUACUGCCCACACCAGGUCCUGCCCAGGCCAUGUCUUUGCCACAUGAGGGCUCUUCCAGUUUGGCUGGGCCUCAGCAACAGCUCGCUCUGGGACUUGGAGGUUCCCGACAGCCAGGCUUGGCCCAACAAUUGAUGCCCACCCAGCCACCAGCUCAUGCCCUUCAGCAGCGCCUGGCCCAACCCAUGGCCAUGGUGUCCAACCAAGGGCAUAUGCUAAGUGGGCAGCAUGGAGGGCAGGCAGGCUUGGUGCCCCAGCAGGGCCCACAGCCAGUGCUGACACAGAAGCCUGUGGGUGCCAUGCCACCAUCCAUGUGCAUGAAACCCCAGCAGUUGGCGAUGCAGCAGCAGCUGGCUAACAGCUUCUUCCCAGAUACAGACCUGGACAAAUUUGCUGCAGAAGAUAUCAUUGAUCCCAUUGCCAAGGCCAAGAUGGUAGCUUUGAAAGGCAUCAAGAAGGUAAUGGCUCAGGGCAGCAUUGGAGUGGCACCUGGUAUGAACAGGCAGCAAGUUUCCUUGCUAGCCCAGAGGCUCUCAGGGGGUACUGGCAGCGAUCUACAGAACCAUGUGGCAGCUGGGAGUGGCCAGCAAUCUCUGUCAUUGCAGGAGCGGAAUGCCAGUGAUCCCUCCCAGGCUCGUCCCAAUCCUCCCACUUUUGCCCAGGGAGUGAUCAAUGAGGCUGACCAGCGGCAGUAUGAGGAGUGGCUGUUCCAUACUCAACAGCUCUUACAAAUGCAGCUGAAGGUACUAGAGGAGCAAAUUGGUGUGCACCGCAAAUCCCGGAAAGCUCUGUGUGCCAAGCAGCGUACUGCCAAAAAGGCUGGCCGGGAGUUCCCAGAGGCUGAUGCUGAGAAGCUCAAGCUCGUUACGGAGCAGCAGAGCAAGAUCCAGAAACAGCUAGAUCAGGUCCGGAAGCAGCAGAAGGAGCACACGAAUCUCAUGGCAGAAUAUCGGAAUAAGCAGCAGCAACAGCAGCAGCAGCAGCAGCAGCAACAGCAGCAACAACACUCAGCUGUGCUGGCCCUUAGCCCUUCCCAGAGUCCUCGGCUACUCACCAAGCUCCCUGGUCAACUGCUCCCUGGCCAUGCGCUACAGCCACCGCAGGGGCCCCCCAGUGGGCAAGCUGCAGGUCUUCGCCUGCCCCCAGGGGGCAUGGCACUACCUGGACAGCCUGGUGGGCCCUUCCUUAACACGACCCUGGCCCAACAGCAACAACAGCAACAUUCUGGUGGGGCUGGGGCCCUAGCAGGCCCCUCAGGGGGCUUUUUCCCUGGCAACCUUGCUCUUCGUGGCCUGGGAACUGAUUCGAGGCUUUUGCAGGAAAGGCAGAUGCAGCUACAGCAGCAGCGCAUGCAGCUUGCCCAGAAACUGCAGCAGCAGCAGCAGCAACAGCAACAGCAGCAUCUCCUAGGUCAGGUGGCCAUCCAGCAGCAGCAGGGCCCAGGGGUACAGGCAAACCAGGCUCUGGGUGCCAAGCCUCAGGGGCUUCUGCCUUCCAGCAGCCAUCAGGGCCUCUUGGUUCAGCAGUUGUCCCCUCAACCACCUCAGGGGCCCCAGGGCAUGCUGGGCCCUGCCCAGGUGGCAGUGUUGCAGCAGCAGCAGCAGCAGCAGCAACAGCAUCCUGGAGCUUUGGGCCCCCAGGGCCCUCACAGACAGGUGCUUCUGACCCAGUCCCGGGUGCCGAAUUCACCUCAGCUGGCACAGCAGAGUCAGGGCCCUAUUGGACACCGACUGGUCACAGCCCAGCAACAGCAGCAGCACCAACAGCAGGGAUCUAUGGCAGGGCUUUCUCAUCUUCAACAGGGUCUGUUGCCACAUAGUGGGCAGCCCAAACUUAGCGGUCAACCAAUGGCCUUACAGCAACAGCAACUACAGCAACAGCUACAGCAGCAGCAGCUGCAGCAGCAACACUUACAACAGCAACAGCAGCAACACUUACAGCAGCAGCAACAGCUGCAGCAGCAGCAACAGCAGCAGCAGAUAGGCCUCUUAAACCCGAGUCGAACUUUACUGUCUCCUCAGCAACAGCAGCAGCAGCAGGUGACAGUUGGUCCUGGAAUGCCAGCCAAGCCUCUGCAACACUUUUCUAGCCCUGGAGCCCUGGGCCCAACGCUCCUCCUAACAGGCAAGGAGCAAAGCAUUGUAGAGACUCCUCUUCCUCCAGAGGCCACUGAGGGGCCCUCCACACAUCAGGGAGGGCCAGGAGCAAUAGGGACUGUACCUGAAACAGUGGCUGCUGAACCAGGGGAAGUAAAGCCCUCACACUCUGGGGACUCACAACUCCUACUCAUCCAGCCCCAGCCCAACUCUGUGCCUCUGCAGCCACCUCUAAGGCUCCCAGGACAGCAGCAACAGCAAGUUAACUUACUCCACGCAACAGGUGUGGGAAACCAAGGGCAACCAAACAGUGGAUCAUCUUCAGAGGCCUCUUCUAUGCCACACCUGCUGGCUCAAUCCUCUGUCUCCUUAGGGGAGCAGCCUGGGCCCAUGACUCAGAACCUUUUGGGCUCCCAACAGCCCCUUGGAUUAGAGCGGCCCUUGCAGAAUAAUGCAGGGCCACAGUCUGCCAAACCAGGAUCUGUCUCCCACUCCGGGCAGGGCCUGCCCGGGGCUGGAGUCAUGCCCACAGUGGGUCAGCUUCGAGCACAGCUCCAAGGAGUUUUGGCUAAAAACCCACAGUUGCGGCACUUGAGUCCUCAGCAGCAGCAGCAGCUGCAGGCACUGCUUAUGCAGAGGCAGCUACAGCAGAGUCAGGCAGUACGCCAGACCCCACCCUAUCAGGAUCCUGGGACCCAGCCCUCUUCCCUCCAGGGCCUCCUAGGCCGUCAACCCCAACUUGGGGGUUUCUCUGGAUCACAGACAGGUCCCCUUCAGGAGUUAGGGGCAGGGCUUCGACCUCAGGGCCCACCCGGGCUCCCUGCCCCACUAGGAGCCUUAUCAACUGGACCAGUCCUUGGUCCUGUUCAUCCCACACCUCCACCAUCCAGCCCACAAGAGCCAAAGAGACCUUCUUCACAAUUACCGUCCCCCAGCUCCCAGCUCCCCUCUGAGGCCCAGCUUCCUCCUACCCAACCAGGGACCCCAAAACCCCAGGGGCCACCCUUGGAGUUGCCUCCUGGGAGGGUCUCACCUGCUGCUGCCCAGCUUGCAGAGACCUUCUUUGGCAAGGGGCUGGGACCUUGGGAUCCCCCAGACAACCCAGCAGAAGCACAGAAGCCAGAACAGAGCAGCCUGUUACCUGGGCAUCUGGAGCAGGUGAAUGGGCAGGCAGUGCCAGAGCCAUCUCAUCUCAGCAUCAAGCAGGAGCCUCGGGAAGAGCCGUGUGCCCUGGGAGCCCAGGUGGUGAAGAGGGAGGCCAACGGGGAACCAAUAGGGGCACCAGGUACCAGCAACCACCUUCUGCUGGCAGGCCCCCGCUCAGAGGCUGGGCAUCUGCUCUUGCAAAAGCUUCUACGAGCAAAGAAUGUGCAACUCAGCACUGGGCGGGGGCCUGAGGGGCUGCGAGCGGAGAUCAACGGGCACAUUGACAGCAAGUUGGCUGGGCUGGAGCAGAAACUACAGGGUACCCCGAGCAAUAAGGAGGAUACAGCAGCCAGGAAGCCUAUGACACCGAAGCCCAAGCGGGUGCAGAAGGCAAGCGACAGGUUGGUGAGCUCCCGAAAGAAGCUGCGGAAGGAGGACGGGGUCAGGGCCAGCGAGGCCUUGCUGAAACAGCUAAAACAGGAGCUGUCCCUGCUACCCCUAACGGAGCCUACCAUCACCACCAAUUUUAGCCUCUUUGCUCCUUUUGGCAGUGGCUGCCCAAUCAAUGGGCAGUGCCAGCUGAGGGGGGCCUUUGGAAGUGGGGUGCUGCCCACUGGCCCUGACUACUAUUCCCAGCUGCUUACCAAGAAUAACCUGAGUAACCCGCCGACACCACCCUCGUCGCUGCCCCCCACCCCACCCCCAUCGGUGCAGCAGAAGAUGGUGAAUGGUGUCACCCCAUCUGAAGAGCUGGGGGAGCACCCCAAGGAUACUGCCUCUGCCCGAGAUACUGAAGGGACGCUGAGGGAUGCUUCAGAGGUGAAGAGUCUAGACCUGCUGGCUGCUUUGCCUACACCCCCUCACAAUCAGACUGAGGAUGUCAGGAUGGAGAGCGAUGAGGACAGUGAUUCUCCUGACAGCAUUGUGCCAGCUUCAUCCCCCGAGAGCAUCCUGGGGGAGGAGGCACCUCGUUUCCCUCAGCUGGGCUCGGGCCGAUGGGAGCAAGAAGACCGGGCUCUCUCCCCUGUCAUCCCCAUCAUUCCUCGGGCCAGCAUUCCAGUCUUCCCAGAUACCAAACCUUAUGGGGCCUUGGACCUGGAGGCCCCUGGGAAACUACCUGCCACAACUUGGGAAAAGGGCAAAGGAAGUGAGGUGUCUGUCAUGCUGACAGUCUCUGCUGCUGCAGCCAAGAACCUGAAUGGUGUGAUGGUGGCUGUGGCAGAGCUACUAAGCAUGAAGAUCCCCAACUCCUAUGAGGUGCUGUUCCCAGAGAGCCCCGCCCGGGCAGGCAUUGAGCCCAAGAAGGGGGAAGCUGAGGGUCCUGGUGGGAAGGAGAAGGGUCUGGGAGGCAAGAACCCAGAAGCUGGCCCUGACUGGCUGAAGCAGUUUGAUGCAGUGUUGCCUGGCUAUACUCUUAAGAGCCAGCUAGACAUCUUGAGCCUCCUGAAACAGGAGAGCCCUGCCCCAGAGCCACCUACCCAACACAGCUACACCUACAAUGUCUCUAACCUGGACGUUCGACAGCUUUCGGCCCCACCUCCUGAAGAACCUUCCCCUCCCCCAUCCCCCUUGGCACCCUCUCCUGCCAGCCCGCCGGCUGAACCCCUAGUUGAACUCCCAGCUGAACCCUUAGUUGAGCCGCCAGUCCCCUCACCUCUGCCCCUGGCCUCAUCCCCUGAAUCUGCCCGGCCCAAACCCCGAGCCCGGCCCCCUGAAGAAGGUGAAGAUUCCCGGCCCCCUCGGCUCAAGAAGUGGAAAGGGGUGCGCUGGAAGCGGCUGCGGCUGCUGCUGACCAUCCAGAAGGGCAGUGGGCAGCAGGAGGAUGAGCGGGAAGUGGCAGAGUUUAUGGAACAGUUUGGCACAGCCCUGCGACCUGACAAGGUGCCUCGGGACAUGCGGCGCUGCUGCUUCUGUCAUGAGGAGGGUGAUGGGGCCACUGAUGGGCCCGCGCGUUUGCUGAACCUGGACCUGGACCUGUGGGUGCACCUCAACUGCGCGCUGUGGUCCACAGAGGUCUAUGAGACCCAGGGCGGGGCACUGAUGAAUGUGGAGGUGGCCCUGCACCGAGGACUGCUAACCAAGUGCUCCUUGUGCCAGCGUACUGGUGCCACCAGCAGCUGCAAUCGCAUGCGUUGUCCCAACGUCUACCAUUUUGCCUGCGCCAUCCGCGCCAAGUGCAUGUUCUUUAAGGACAAGACUAUGCUAUGUCCGAUGCAUAAGAUCAAAGGGCCCUGUGAGCAAGAGCUGAGCUCUUUUGCUGUCUUCCGGCGGGUCUACAUUGAGCGGGAUGAGGUGAAGCAAAUUGCUAGCAUCAUCCAACGCGGAGAGCGCCUGCACAUGUUCCGGGUCGGGGGCCUUGUGUUCCACGCCAUUGGACAGUUGCUUCCUCACCAGAUGGCUGACUUCCACAGUGCCACUGCCCUUUAUCCUGUGGGCUAUGAGGCCACACGCAUCUACUGGAGCCUCCGCACCAACAACCGCCGCUGUUGCUAUCGCUGUUCUAUUGGUGAGAACAAUGGGCGGCCAGAGUUCAUAAUCAAAGUCAUCGAGCAGGGCCUGGAGGACCUGGUCUUCAUCGAUGCCUCUCCCCAGGCUGUAUGGAAUCGCAUCAUCGAGCCGGUGGCUGCCAUGAGGAAAGAGGCUGACAUGCUGCGGCUCUUCCCUGAGUACCUGAAAGGCGAAGAGCUCUUUGGGCUGACGGUGCACGCUGUGCUACGCAUAGCUGAAUCACUGCCUGGAGUGGAGAGCUGUCAAAACUAUUUAUUCCGCUAUGGACGCCACCCCCUAAUGGAGCUGCCACUCAUGAUCAACCCCACUGGUUGUGCCCGAUCAGAGCCUAAAAUCCUCACACACUACAAACGCGUUUUCACAUCCAUUAUCUCAUUUGAUCCUCACAACAACCUUAUGAGGCCCCACACCCUGAACAGCACCAGCAUGUCCAAGGCAUAUCAGAGCACCUUCACAGGCGAGACUAACACCCCAUACAGCAAGCAGUUCGUGCACUCCAAGUCAUCUCAGUACCGGCGGCUGCGCACUGAGUGGAAGAACAAUGUGUAUCUGGCUCGCUCCCGCAUCCAGGGCCUGGGCCUCUAUGCAGCCAAGGACCUAGAAAAGCACACAAUGGUUAUUGAGUACAUUGGCACCAUCAUUCGCAAUGAGGUGGCCAACCGGCGGGAGAAAAUCUAUGAGGAGCAGAAUCGUGGCAUCUACAUGUUCCGGAUAAACAAUGAGCAUGUGAUUGAUGCUACGUUGACUGGAGGUCCUGCCAGGUACAUUAAUCAUUCGUGUGCCCCUAACUGUGUGGCGGAAGUUGUAACAUUUGACAAGGAGGAUAAAAUCAUCAUCAUCUCCAGCCGGCGAAUCCCCAAAGGAGAGGAGCUGACCUAUGACUAUCAGUUUGACUUUGAGGACGAUCAGCACAAGAUCCCCUGCCACUGUGGAGCCUGGAAUUGUCGGAAAUGGAUGAACUAAAAAGCUUUGAGGCUACCAGGCAGGGGAGUCCCUCCACCCCCAACCUCUUCCCUGAAAGGGAUGAGGGGGAAGAGAGGUAGCGGCCAGAGCCAGGACCCAGGGCUGGGGCUGCCGGCUGACCGGAGCCCCUGGAGCAGGAGGCUGGGGCAGAGGGCCCUAGGCCAAGCCCACCCUGGGCACCAGGGACAACCCUCUUCCCGCCACCGGCCCCUAGGCUGGCAUCUCUGCCCCCAGCUCCAGGAGGGGCCAGACAGAAGCAGCCAUUGGGCAUCUCAGGUUUGAGGGGGAUAUGGGCCGGGAACUACCCAGAAGCAUCUGGGAGGCAGCAGGGAGGGGGGAGGAGGAUGUGUGGCCGGGCCUCACAGCCCUGCUGCUCCCACCGACCUCUCCGGCCCAACUCAAGGCUGCAAAGAGACUUGACUAAGCUUGACAAUCCCAAAGGCCGGGUCCCACACCUGGCCCUGCCUGCCGGGUCCUGCCCCCACCCUCACCCCCAUCCCCUUCCUCCUCAAUCUGUCUGUCUCCCUCUUCUCCUCUGUGUUUCUGUCUCUCUAUGGGUUUUGUUUCCUUGUUUUCCACUCUGACAAAUGCAACAUGAACGGGAAAGAGGUGCCCAGCUGCCCAGGAGGGCAAGCCGGGCAAGCCGGGCAAGGAGACCCCGCACCCACACCUACCUCAUUUAAGUGUUGGAUUUUUUGCUGUUUUGAAAUGUGAGACCCUCUCCAAGCCCCCUACUGCCCCAACCCUCUCCCCCACCUCACUGCCCUCUUCUGAGUGGGUGGAAGGGGGGUAGGAGGAGGAAGAAAAAACAACAACAAAAAAUCCAUCUUUGUUUUUAAUUCUGGGCAUGGGAUGGCGGUUGAGGCUAAUGAUGAUGAAGAUUGGGGAUGACUGGCCCCUAGUUGUUCUAGGACUUCCUUCUCCAUCUGGACGUGGGGGCGGGAGGGACGUGCUAAACCUAGGACCAGGAUAUCACCCUCCUGUUUUCCCAACCCCAUCAUGAGCCCAUUUGCCCUCCAGCCCCUGGAUGGGGCAGGUGGGUGGUAGGGUGAGGGCUAUCCCUGAGUGGCAUGCCCAUACCCAGUGAGGCAGGGUGUGGCCCGGAGCUCCCACUUUCCCUCAGUCACCAAACUGCUGCUGGUCUGGUGGGAAGGGGUGGUGAUGUGGGGGUGGGGAGCUUAGUGUCAGCGCGGGGAGGGUGGGGGGUAUUUAUCUAUUUAUACAUGGGAUUGUACAUAGUCUUGUGGGGGAUGGGGGAGCCGGCUGGAGGUGAGAACCCUCCCCUCUCCCCCGACCCCCGGGGAGAGCAAAUGUAAAACUACUAAUUUUUGUGCUUUAUAUAUUCUAUAUAAAUAUAUCUAUUUUCUUUUUACAAAACCAGUUUAUAAAUGGUAGGGGGGCGUGGGGCGGACACAUGGAGCUCCCCUUGUGGGGGGGCCCCCUCCAUUACCCAACCUACCGCCCUUUUCCUCACCCCCUCCUCCCCACCCCCUGGCUGUGACUGCUGUAAGGUGGGGGUAUAGAGGCUGGGCAAUUCCCACCCCUAUUGUAUAGUUGGACUAUGUUAUAACGCACAAAAGUGAGCUGGCCCCAGGGGGAGCCAGAGGGUGAUGGGUUCCCUGCCUCCCUUUCCUUUCCCUUUCUGCCCAAGCUUGUGCUGCAGUUGAACCUCUUCCUGGGAUAGGGGUAGAUCAGGGGGUGGGUGAGGCUCCAGACCCCUGUGUGGUAGGGAGCCAUGGGGAUGAAGAUGAAGCUUAUAUGCAGUUCUCUCCUAGGGGCUGUGGGCAAAGGGCAUUUUGUAAUUAAUAUUUUCAAGAAUCAAAUGUCUGGAGUGUAAGAAUGGGCUUGGUGGUUGGUGGUGGAUGGGCGGGCCUGCUGGAGGGGGAGCAUGGUCGCUGUUGUGAUUUUAGGUUUGUUUUUGUUUUGUUUUUGAAUUUGGGGGGUUGCGGAUUGAUGGGGGUAGGGAGAUUUUUUUUUUUAAGCUGCUUCCUCAACUGUUUCAAGAUGCAAAUGUUUAAGAGAAUGACAUCCCUCCAUCCUCACAGAAACCACUGUAAUUAAAUCAGACAGUGGGGAGACUGGGCUGCUGCCACCAAAGCCAUUGGAUGUUCCUUUUCCAAGAGCAAAAAAAAAGGUCUAGGCUACAGGGAAGGGGAGAUUGGCUCCUGUAAGUCAGGCUCUGGUUGGGGCCUGGACCCUGGGACUGGUGAAGGGGAGGGGGCAGACUUUGUAAGCAUAUGCUAGGUGUCCAAUAGUCCUGUAGAAUUUAGUGAAGAAACCUUAUACACUUUUUAAUUUUUAUAUGAACUAACUCAGACCCAAGCUACAAGGUUGGAAUUUUGGUUGUUGUUUUUCUUUUUCUUUUUUUUAAGUACCCCGCCUGUAUAAUUGCAUCAGAAUUCCCUCCUCCCCCUCCCCCCCGUGUUUGUAUUUUGGGUUGGUUUACACUUGCACAUACUCAAUUUUCAGUUUUUCCCCUUUACAGUCUUCUCCCUUCACCUCCAGGACCCUCCCCCUUUUUAAAAAAUAAAUCGCUGACAAGUGUGAA